AUGGCUCCAGCUGGCCGGUACUGGUCCCUCUGCUACAGUGAGGACGGGGUUAGAAGUCAGGGGCCAGGCUUUUCCGCUGACCACACCUUCCCCGAUCAGCAGGGUGAGGAGAGGAAUUGGAACCGGAGGGCCCGCAGAGUCCUUGGGUCAGUGGAGGGCGGUGCCAGCCCGCGGCGGCAGCACUCCGGGGGCCUGUGGAGUCUGUAUGGCGGGCAGGGCUGCUGUGGGCGGGUGCGGUCCCGCAAGGUCACCAGGACCCCGCUCGGGUCCUUCUGCUCCGAAUUCAGAAGGCGCAAGCAUCUGCUGCCUGGAAGCUGCCCAGGCCUCCUGUCCUAUGGGAAAGGCGCCAACACCCACCCUUCCUGUGGUCCUCACUGCCUCCCUGAUGGGGGGUCUCCCAGCCCGCCCCCCCUCCCCCAGGGCUGCCAAGCACCGCCCCUGCCGCCCGGAGCUCCCGGCGGCUCGCAGGACACCUGCACGUCGUGCGGCGGCUUCCGGCGGCCAGAGGAGCUGGGCCGGGUGGACGGCGACUUCCUGGAGGCGGUGAAGCGGCACAUCUUGAACCGCCUGCAGAUGCGGGGCCGGCCCAACAUCACACACGCCGUGCCCAAGGCCGCCAUGGUCACGGCCCUGCGGAAGCUGCACGCGGGCAAGGUGCGCGAGGACGGCCGGGUGGAGAUCCCGCACCUCGACGGCCACGCCAGCCCGGGCGCCGACGGCCAGGAGCGCGUCUCCGAGAUCAUCAGCUUCGCGGAGACAGAUGGCCUGGCCUCCUCCCGGGUCCGCCUGUACUUCCUCAUCUCCAACGAGGGCAACCAGAACCUGUUCGUGGUGCAGGCCAGCCUGUGGCUCUACCUGAAGCUGCUGCCCUACGUGCCGGAGAAGGGCGGCCGGCGGAAGGUGCGGGUCAAGGUGUACUUCCGGGAGCAGGGCCCCGGCGAGCGCUGGGCCGCGGUGGAGAAGCGUGUGGACCUCAAGCGCAGCGGCUGGCACACCUUCCCGCUCACCGAGCCCAUCCAGGCCCUGUUCGCGCGGGGCGAGCGGCGGCUCAGCCUGGACGUGCAGUGCGACGGCUGCCGGGAGCUGGCCGUGGCGCCCGUGUUCGUGCACCCGGGCGAGGAGUCGCACCGGCCCUUCGUGGUGGUGCAGGCGCGGCUGGGCGACAGCCGGCACCGCAUCCGCAAGCGGGGCCUGGAGUGCGACGGCCGGACCAACCUGUGCUGCCGGCAGCAGUUCUUCAUCGACUUCCGCCUCAUCGGCUGGAACGACUGGAUCAUUGCGCCCACCGGCUACUACGGGAACUACUGCGAGGGCAGCUGCCCGGCCUACCUGGCGGGGGUGCCCGGCUCCGCCUCGUCCUUCCACACGGCCGUGGUGAACCAGUACCGCAUGCGGGGGCUGAACCCGGGCACCGUGAGCUCCUGCUGCAUCCCCACCAAGCUGAGCACCAUGUCCAUGCUCUACUUCGACGACGAGUACAACAUCGUCAAGCGGGACGUGCCGAACAUGAUCGUGGAGGAGUGCGGCUGCGCCUGAGGGCGGUGCUCGGGCGGUCCCGCGGCGGGGGGCGCGCUGUGCGCGGCAGGGGGGGGCCGUGGUGGUGCCGCCGGGCUGCCCGGGAGGUGCCCGGGGGAGGCCUGAGGUAUUUUCCUACUUCUUCAUCCAGCCAUCAGUCAAAAGCGGAGGGAGAACCCUCCACGGACACGGCGGACCCGACAGUGCGCACGUGGGGUGGGCGCGCACAGCCGGUGGCACCGUGCCACCCACACAGCAGCCUCCGCGAUAGCAGCGAAGGGAUGCGGUGACAAAGGGCAGCUCAGCCCCAAACGCCUGUCACCCGGAGAGUGGGGUGAGCAGCCACCAUCCCCACCAGCUGGCCUGGCCACUCUGAAUCGCGCCUUCCGAGCACACAGAAGAGCACAAAGACAGAGACACAGAGAGAGAGAGGGAGGGAG